UAACUUUUGGAGGCUACUAAAGGUUAUAGGACAUGAGACCGACCCAAAAUAGUGUGUAGGGGAGACAAGAUUCCGUCACAGUACACAGGACACAGUAACACACACAGGAUACAAGAAAGUUGCUUUUCAUGAUUGGGAUUAUAUUACAUAGUGAUUUUGAUUGAAGGGCUGCACUAGUCCCGGGCUCAAAAUGCCCGCCCAAACUGAACACCACGUCGGAGGGACGAAACAUUUCGAAUGCCGGGUCGGCGGCUUCCCUCGGCCCCAGAUCCGAUGGUACAAAGACGGCCGCGAGAUCACGGACUCGUCGCGCUAUCAGUUUGACCACUCCAAUGACGGGGUCAUCUCGAUGGUCAUCCAGAAUAUCACGCACGAGGACGAAGGACAUUACAGGUGCAGGGCAGAGAACUCUGAGGGUCUAGCAUCAACUUCUGCCUAUCUCCUUGUUAAAGCACACAAGGAACUUCCCGAUGAGCCAAUUACGUCUGUACAUUCAAUGCAAUUUGAAGAGACCAUAGUUUACACAGAAAAAUACAAGAAGUCAAGGGAAAUUCGAAAGAAAAUAGAAGCUUUAGACAAUGAGAAUUCCUACGAAGAGAACUAUGUCAUCAAGUCCAAAGAGAAAAGACAAAGAGAGGAAGAAGAGGAAGAGCUGACAUGGAAAUCCUUAGAAACUGUGAUAUCUGCCCAGAGAACUUCAUCACAGCUCAUCUCUUCAUCACCCACCUCAGGGACACAGAGGAAGGAAGAGGCAGAGGAGGAAGAGGCUGAGGAGGAGUCCAAAAUCAGCAAGGACAUGCUGGAGAAGUGCUACCACUCUUCGGACGAUGACCAGGAUUCUGUCCGGCUGAUGACCAUUAGUGAAAGAUCUGAGCCCAUCUCUCUGCAAGAAUCUCUGAAAGACUUUGAGGAGGAAGAAGAGAAGUCUCUGCUCAUGAGGCAGACGGCAAGACUUUUCUCACAUGAGCUGGACGAGGAUGAAGACUUCUUUAAGAGAGAUUCAGCCUAUCAGGCUGUGCUGACUGAAAUGGUUGGAGAGCAUGUAAUGCAGGAACUCUUGCAGCAAGAAGAGCAAGCAUCCAAAAUAGCUGAGUGGCAGGUAAAGUCUGAGAUAGAAAAGGUGACGAAAACUGAAGUCAAGACUUCUGCUUCUAAAACUGAUGAAGAUGGCCUGUUAACUGUGGCAAAAGAUCUAACUAAACUUGUAGUGAGUGAAGAGAGAGUUGUCAAACUUGAAUCAGAAACAAAGCUUGUAUCUGGUGAUGAGAAUAACUCAUUGGUACCUACACCUAAGCAAAUAGAAAAUGUUGACAUAGAAAGAAAAAGAGCAUUAACUGAUAAGCCAGAAUCUUUGGAGAAACUAAAAAAAGAUGAAGCUGUUAUUGUAAAAUCAGAAACCUCAGAAAAUGUAAAACUGGAAACAGCAGAAAAUGUAAAAUUGGAAACAGUAGAAAAUGUCAAAUCAACAACUUCAGAACAAGUAAAACGCGAAACAGCAGAAAAUGUAAAAUCAACACCAGAAAAUGUAAAAUUGGAAAUACCAGAAAAUGUAAAAUCAGUGACUACAGAAAAUGUAAAAUCAGUGACACCAGAAAAUGUAACAUCAACAACACUAGAAAAUGUAAAAUCGGCAGCUUCUGAAAAUGUUGAGAAGAAUGUUAGAGAGGAUGUGUUCCAAGAAGAAGAAAAUCAGACACAUUCUGUGUUAACACCGAAAUUGACAGAGGUAACCGAGGGGAAGUUGUCUUAUGAUGAUGUGGACUCUCAGGUUGCUGGAGUUGAAAUCUCUGAUGAUUCUAAAGUUGACAGCACAGACUUACCAAAUGAACCGAUACAACAAAUGAUUGAAUGUGAAACAGACUUUAAGUUGGAAGAUGACGACGAAGAAACUGUUAGUGACAGUGAAACGGAAGGUUCGGUUGGAUCUGUAGUUGGCGUUAAUGUCACUCCUGCAUCAUCUUUACAGAAAAAAGAAAUGGAAGAUUCUAAUAUAGACUCAGACAAAACAGUAUUUUCUCAGAAUCUUAAUGAAACAGAACUGAGUCAGACCAGAUUUGGAGAGGAAAAACAGAAGGCCAUGGAAGAUUAUCCAAUCAUUCAGCCAGCAGACGAUGGAUCUGAUGUAGAUGGCAGUACUGUUGAAGUUGUUGAGUCAAGCACCAGCUGGGUUCAGAAAGUAGCUCAGGAUAAACCUCAGCCAGAGAAAACCGAAGAUGCAACCGCAAUAGGAGGUGACAAGGAACCGGUUGCCAAACCUGUAAUCAAACAGGUUAUGGAAGAUAUUAAAAUUGAGGCUGGGAAAACAUUGCGGUUGAGGACCCAAGUACAAGCUGUUCCAAGGGCUGAGGUGAGAUGGUCCAAAGAAGGGGAAGUAAUCAUUGCAGGGGAGAGAAUCACUGUUGUCACAGAGGAUGAUGUCUACACAUUGGAGAUAGAAAAUGUGGGGGAGGACAAUGCUGGUAGAUACAGGAUGACUGCCAUCAACUCUGCCGGCUCUGUCUACUCAGAGGUGCUAGUCAGCAUAGUUGGUCAGCCACAACUACCUCCUGCCCUGAGCCCUUCACUUCCUGUUGGUCAUCCACGAUUUGUGAUGAGGCCUCAAAAUGUAACGGUUGCAGAGUUUGAAAGCAUCAAGCUAAGCUGCUCAGUUCAAGGUGAUCCAAUGCCAAAAGUGUCCUGGGAAAAAGAUGGAGAACGAUUAAGGACCAGCAAGCGCUUGCGACUUUAUGAAACGAGGGGCAUCUUCUAUCUUGAGAUUCCUGAAGCAGACGCUGAAGAUGCUGGAGAGUAUGUCUGUACCGCUGUCAAUAGUGAAGGGACUGUCACAGCAACUGUAACUGUCUCCAUGCAAGGUAUGGAAAAUGUCGUGCAAAUAUCCUGUGAGCCUGAAGGGACAGUUGAACUGACAGAGGGCGCUACGGGCGGUGCUGUGGAGUCCUCCUCUGACGAAAUGUUUCUGAAGCCAUUCUUAGUACUGAUGGACUACACUGACCCAGAUAGCAAAUCUGGACUUCGAGCCGGUGAGUUGGUGGAAGUCUUGGACUCGAAACAGAAAAGUGGCAUGUGGUUGGUCCGAGGUAUGGUGGACAAAGAAAAGGUCCUUUUUGCUCCAUCUUAUCUUCUUUGUGCCUCUGGGAGAAAUGGAGUUUUUGAGGAGAAGAAAAAAGAGGAGGAUACAGAUGAAGAAUCAGCAACUGUUAAAAGAAGAGACAAAAAAUUGACCCAUUCGCCAAAGUAUGGCUCCAUUGAUGGGGACAAUGAUACAUCAGAAGAUGAAUUUCGUCUCAGAGGGGUAUACCCAGACUAUGUAGCAGUUGCUGACUACAAUCCCUCAGAUGGAGAGAAAAACUCCAUUCGAUUAUCCGAAGGACAAAUUGUAGAAAUUAUUGACAAGGAAAGGUCUGACUUGUGGUUGGUUCAGACUCGACCAACCAAAACAUGUCCUUCAAGGCAGGGAUGGGUACCAUCGGCUUAUUUGGAAGAAAAAUCUGUGUCUGCUCAAUUCAUGAGAAGGUCAAGGGAAACGUUUCGUGAAGAAGUUCUGCAAGUGAAAAAUAAACAACAGGAAGCAGGAUUGAAGAGACGCUAUGUCUUAAAAGAACUUGAGGAAACUGAGAGAGAGUACAUUCGAGAUCUAAAAACGUUGAUUGACAACUACGUUCAACCUGUAGCCUCUAUGACAGAGAGUCUACCAGAUCUGCUUCAAGCCGGAGCUGACCUGAUUUUUUCCAAUAUUUCCACCGUUUACAAGUUCCAUGAAGGACCAUUCUUACAAGAUCUCAUCGGCUGUUGUGCUAAUCCAUCAAGUAUUGGACCUACUUUCUUGCGAUGGGAAAGUGAAUUUUAUAAUUACAUCAAGUAUUGGUCAGACAGAGAGGCUGCUGGUUUUAUAUUAGAAUCAGAAGACAUCAAAAGUUUCUUCAAGGAGCUCAGCAAGAAACAGGCAGUGCCAGGGGAAGCAAUCUUUAGUUUGCUAAAUCGGCCGAUUGAGAGAUUGAAAAUGUAUCAGCUACUGCUGAAGGACAUUUUACGCUUUUCUGCAAGAGCAGGAGAUGAUUGUAGCCAGGUAGAAGCAGCCAUUGCUAUGCUAAUAUCUAUUGAAAAAGAGGUUGGUAAUGCCAAGUUAAUUCCCCUGUUGGAAGGCUGUGAUUUUGAACUGACAGAACUUGGCAACCUCAUUAGACAUGAUGACCUGUGCGUGUGGGAAGGUGACGUGAGCUCUACCAGGGUCAAGGACAGACACGUGUUCCUCUUCAGCGAGAAGAUCGCCAUGACCAAGAAGAAAAAACCAGAGAAUGCUUCAGACAAAGCCGGCUUCACCUACAGGACUUCUAUUGAUCUGGCUAACGUCCGAUUGAAAGAGAAUGUCCCUGAAGAUGACAGGAGAUUCGAACUCUGGUUCAUUGGGGAUGCCUCUGUAGAGAAAGUCACUUUCCAGGCCAGGUCUAUGUUUUCGAAGCUCGCGUGGGUCAAGGACAUCAGAGAUGCUUUGACCAAGAUAGGAGUUAUUCACCCUGAUCAUCAUUCCAGCGAAAAAGACGACGAAGGGAAGGCCACUCCGAAAGCUUCCCCGCAGGCGUCCCCACCUCGUCAGCAGACGUCAGAGGCGGCACCCAUGAAGGAUCAAACGUCUGGAAAACAGAAGGAGCAGGCGGGGGUUACAAACAGUACCAAGCUGACAAACUCAGACCUCGAGCUGAAUGACAGCGACGACGUCAGCAGUUAUUACACAGCCCCUGAGCCGGACAGCGGAUCAGAACACGUUCGCCCAUCGCUUGGUCAUAAGCAGCACAGAGUCAUUUGCACUGAGGGCAGCCCUACACAGCUAGACUGCUUUGUGGGCAAAGUCUCCACAUCAGAGGUUUCCUGGACCAAGGAUGGACAACCUAUUCAAGAAGGGAAUGGAUUGUCUAUAAAGCACCAAGGGGACAUCAGCAGUCUUGUCUUUUCGAAAGCAAAGGCCAGCAACUCUGGAAAGUAUACAGUGACUGUUGUUACUUCCAAGGGGAGACAUUCAACGAACUUUGAACUCUCUGUUGUAGACGAAUUCAUUGAGACAGAUACCUCCACUCACAAAUCUGAGGACGGGACAGAUUCUGAGUCAGACACAGCUACAGAAGAGACCCAGGGAGGAGUCGAUAAAAGCAAUAGAGGAGGGGAAAAAGGGUUGAUAUUGAUUUCACAAUUUGAGGACCAUCAAACAACAGUUGAAACAGCUUUCACUAGUCAACAAUUUAUUGAGAGCUUUGUGGGGGAAGUAAGUAUCACAGCUGAAGAAGAAAAGAAAAAAGAGCUUAAAGCUAAGGAAGAAGAAGAAAGAUUACAGCAACUCAAAGCUAAGGAAGAAGAAGAAAGAUUACUGCAACUCAAAGCUAAAGAAGAAGAAGAAAGAUUACAGCAACUCAAAGCUAAGGAAGAAGAAGAAAGAUUACUGCAACUCAAAGCUAAGGAAGAAGAAGAAAGAUUACAACAACUUAAAGCUAAAGAAGAAGAAAGAUUACAGCAACUCAAAGCUAAGGAAGAAGAAGAAAGAUUACAGCAAUUUAAAGCUAAAGAAGAAGAAGAAGAAAGAUUACAGCAACUCAAAGCUAAAGAAGAAGAAGAAAGAUUACAGAAACUUAAAGCUAAGGAAGAAGAAGAAAGAUUACAGCAACUUAAAGCUAAAGAAGAAGAAGAAAGAUUACAGCAACUUAAAGCUCAGGAAGAAGAAAAAAGGUUACAGCAAUUUAAAGCUAAGGAAGAAGAAAGAUUACAGCAACUCAGAGCUAAAGAAGAAGAAGAAAGAUUACAGCAACUCAAAGCUAAAGAAGAAGAAGAAAGAUUAAAACAACUUAAAGCUAAAGAAGAAGAAGAAAGAUUACAGCAACUUAAAGCUAAAGAAGAAGAAGAAAGAUUACAGAAACUUAAAGCUAAAGAAGAAGAAGAAAGAUUACAGCAACUUAAAGCUAAAGAAGAAGAAGAAAGAUUACAGCAACUCAAAGCUAAAGAAGAAGAAGAAAGAUUACAGAAACUUAAAGCUAAGGAAGAAGAAGAAAGAUUACAGCAACUUAAAGCUAAAGAAGAAGAAGAAAGAUUACAGCAACUCAAAGCUAAAGAAGAAGAAGAAAGAUUACAGCAACUCAAAGCUAAAGAAGAAGAAGAAAGAUUACAGCAACUUAAAGCUAAAGAGGAAGAAGAAAGAUUACAGCAACUCAAAGCUAAAGAAGAAGAAGAAAGAUUACAGCAACUCAAAGCUAAAGAAGAAGAAAGAUUACAGCAACUCAAAGCUAAAGAAGAAGAAGAAAGAUUACUGCAGCUCAAAGCUAAAGAAGAAGAAGAAAGAUUACAGCAACUUAAAGCUAAAGAAGAAGAAGAAGGAAGAUUAAAAGAGCUUAAAGCUAAAGAGGAAGAAGAAAAAUUACAGCAGCUUAAAGCUAAAGAAGAAGAAAGAUUACAGCAACUUAAAGCUAAGGAAGAGGAAGAAAAAAGAUUAAGCAAGCUUAAAGCUCAAGAAGAAAAAGAAAGAUUACAUGAGCUUAAAGUUAAAGAAGAAGAAUUACAGAAACUCAGAGCUAGAGAAGAAGAAGAAAUUUUAAAAGAAGAAAGACUUAAAGCAGAAAAAGAUUUACUAUUACAUUUUGAGACAUCAUUGAAUGAGACUGCACUCGAACCAUUGUCAGACAAUACUUCCAGUCAAUCAAAGCUUGAAUUUGAUUCAUCUCUAGGGGAUAGCAAUCUUUUCUCACACCCCAGUCUCACAUCUUUUGACAGCACAUCGAGUUCAUCUUUACACAUAGAAGAAAAGUCAGUGCAAGAAUUUGAGACAAGCUUAGAAGAAAGCCAGACUGGUUCAUUCUUCAAGGUUACUUCUGCUGAAAGUUCAUGGUCAACACACGAACACAGUGGGGAAAAUAUUGUGCUUGAAUUUGAUUCCACUGUAGAGCAAAGCAAAUCCUCUUCUCAUUUUGAGGUCACAUCAACUGAAAGCAGUUCAGAAACAUUUGAAAACGCUGAUAAACCUGUCCUUGAAUCUGAUUCCACUGUAGAACAAAGCAGGACUAGUUCACAGUUUGAGGUCACUUCAACUGAGAGCAGUUUUGAAAGACCUGUUGUUGAAUUUGAUACCACUGUAAAGCAAAGCAGAACUACUUCACAGAUUGAGGUCACAUCAACUGAAAGCAGUUUUGAAAAACCUGUUCUUGAAUUUGAUUCCACUGUAGAUCAGAGCAGGUCUUCUCAUUUUGAGAUCACAUCAACUGAAAGCAGUUUUGAAAAACCUGUUCUUGAAUUUGAUUCUGCUGUAGAGCAAAGCAGAACUGCUUCACAUAUUGAGGUCACAUCAACUGAAAGCAGUUUUGAAAAACCUGUAUUUGAAUUUGAUACCACUGUAGAUCAGAGCAGGUCUUCUCAUUUUGAGAUCACAUCAACUGAAAGCAGUUUUGAAAAACCUGUACUUGAAUUUGAUUCUGCUGUAGAGCAAAGCAGAACUACUUCACAUAUUGAGGUCACAUCAACUGAAAGCAGUUUCGAAAAACCUGUACUUGAAUUUGAUACCACUGUAGAUCAGAGCAGGUCUUCUCAUUUUGAGAUCACAUCAACUGAAAGCAGUUUUGAAAAACCUGUUCUUGAAUUUGAUUCUGCUGUAGAGCAAAGCAGAACUACUUCACAUAUUGAGGUCACAUCAACUGAAAGCAGUUUUGAAAAACCUGUACUUGAAUUUGAUACCACUGUAGAUCAGAGCAGGUCUUCUCAUUUUGAGAUCACAUCAACUGAAAGCAGUUUUGAAAAACCUGUUCUUGAAUUUGAUUCUGCUGUAGAGCAAAGCAGAACUACUUCACAUAUUGAGGUCACAUCAACUGAAAACAGUUUUGAAAAACCUGUUCUUGAAUUUGAUUCUGCUGUAGAGCAAAGCAAGACUUCUUCAAAGUUUGAGGUCACAUCAAUUCAAAGCAGUUCAGAAACAUCUGGAAACAGUGUUGAGCAACCAGUACUUCAGUCUGAUUCCACUGUAGAGCAAAGCAGAACUACUUUACAGUUUGAGGUAACAUCAACUGAAAGCUCUUCAGAAAAACCUGUUCUUGAAUUUGAUUCCAAUUUAGAUCAAAGCAAGACUCCUUUACAGUUUGAGGUCACAUCAACUGAAAGCACUUCUGACACCAGUGUUGAACAGCCAGUGCUUGAGUUUGAAUCAUCUGUACAAGAGCAACAUUCCACUAAAGAGACUGACUCAUUUAGACUUGAUAGUUCUAAAAAUUCUUCUGAGGAUAUAACCUUUGACCUAGCUUCAUCAGAACAACAGUUCAACAAAUUUGAUUCUGACAUUUCAGUUUCUGGUUCACAGCAACAGAGAUUAAGUGAUUUAUCUCCUGAAACACCACAGCAACAGAGAGAUUUAGCUCUUGAAAAACCAAAUCAGGUUGAAGGCACCACACAAUCUUCUUUAGCUGUUGAGGACAGACAAGCCACAUCUCAAGGGAAGCCAUUCUGUGCUCCUCAGGUGACAAGCAAAAUGGACGACUGCGUAAUUGAGCUGGGUGAAAUGGCCAGAUUCGACUGCAGAGUGUCAGCUUACCCUGACCCAGAAAUUACCUGGUACAAAGAUGGGAACAAAGUGAUCCCCUCUGCAAAGUUUGAGCUGGUCAGCUUCCACGAUGACAUCUUCUCACUCCUCAUCAAGAAAGUGGACACAGAGGACAGUGGGCGUUACACCUGCAUGGCUAAAAAUGAGUACGGCGAGGCCAAAUCAGAAGCCCUGCUCAAUGUAUUAGAUCAAAAGGAGAAGAUAACUGAUGCCCACGUAGCGCCAUGUUUUCUGACCAAGUUCUAUGACAUUGAAGCCAUGGAGGGUGUCCCUGUUGAGUUUGUCUGCGUCAUCUAUGGCCACCCUGAGCCCACAGUCACUUGGCUCCUGAAUGGCAAAGAGGUGGAGAUUAGUUCUGAAAUACUCACAAGGAGGCAGGAGGACUCGGUCAUGAUGGCAUUCAGGUCUGUUCAAGUUUGUCACUCAGGGGAAAUCAUUUGCAAAUUGAAGAACGAUUCAGGGGAGGCUAUGUGCAAGGCAAGGCUAAAAGUCAAAGAAGAUAUUUCCAAACGAGGCAACAGACCACUGUUCUUGGAGCAGCCUUCAGACAAGGAAGUCAGCGAGGGAGAGGAAGUGACCUUUGAAUGCACCAUCUCUGGUCUGCCUGACCCAGAUGUCACCUGGUACUUUAAUGGACGUGAACUGUAUGAGUCACGGCGUAGGACCAUGAAGCGCAAGGGUGGACAGAAAUAUAUCCUGACCUUGCGUGAAGUUGUCCCAGAGAAUGCUGGUGUGUACACCUGCAAGGCUGUGAAUCGUGCUGGAGAUGCUUCCUGUGCCGUGGAGCUGUCAGUCAAGGAGCUACCCACUGAGCAGACAUAUAGAGGUGUUGGGCUUGAAGCAGACACCUCCAAGUUUUCCUUCCCACCAGCCUUCACCAGACGUAUCCAGGACACUACGACUGCACCUGGAAGAAUGGUGAGGUUUGAGGCUAUGGUCAUUGGAGUCCCUGAGCCAGAAAUAGAAUGGGUCAAGGAUGGAUUUCCCUUGAAGGCUGGAUCCAAAUACAAGAUGGGCCGUGAAGGUCACACAUCUAUUCUGGUUGUCGAGAACUGUGACAGUAUCGAUGACGGGACCUACACUUGUAAUGUGUACAAUGAUGCUGGCAAGGCUUCAUCCUCGGCACAACUCAGAGUUCAAGAAGAAAGAAUGCGUCCCUCAGUGCCCAGGUUCUAUUCACCAAGUGUAGCCAGAGAGAGUUAUACACAGUCGCCAACACCAUCAAGGAGAUCGGUAGUGAGGGAGAUACCCCUGGAAGAGAAAAUUCCCUCCAUGCCCAUCGAUAAACCUAUCUGUCUGGACAUCAAGCCUAACUCUGUAAAAUUGUCCUGGAUGCCAGCACCUAUUGGCUCACUGCCAGAGAACGCCCAGAGAAUCACUUACACAAUAGAAGCCAGAGAGCUGCCCAAUAGCAGCUGGGUCAGGCUUGAGGGCAACAUUGAGACUACCAACCACUACAUUCACAAUCUGAAGCCAGACAAGGAAUACAUGUUUAGAGUCAGGGCAGACAAUCGCUAUGGUACAAGUGAGACAACUCUACCUUGCACCUUGAAAGCCAGAGAAGAGCCAGCGAGAAGAGAAUCUGUGAUGAGAGAAACUGAAACACCAGUUCGACCAGUUCUGCCCAAGACUAGGCCCUACAUUUCUGACAUUGGCAAGGAGACCAUUCAGCUUGGUUGGAAGCCUGCAGAGCUGCCUUACACAGGCAGGUCCAUGUCCAUGCCGCCAGUAUCCUACAGAGUUGAGGCUCAAAAACUGCCUAGUGAGGAGUGGGUUCCCCUGGCAAGCAGGGUCAGGAAGCCCAGUCUGUACUUGUCUGACCUUGAACCUGAUAGAGAUUACAACAUUCGAGUCAGGGCUCAGACUCCUUAUGGUGUGAGUCAACCUACUGAGCCAUUGUGGAUACCUAGAGCCAAAGCUUUCACUGGAGUCCCUGUCACCAGACCAACCAUUUCAGAAAUAGAAGAAGGAACUGCUAGACUGCAAUGGAACAGGGUGGACAUACCAGCCUUUGAUAACAUGGAGCAGCCUUUGCUUUACAUGAUUGAGAUGCAAGAGCCUCCUUCUUAUAGGUGGCGUGAAUUGGCUCGGCGUGUUCCAACUAACUCUUAUAUAGUGCGUGAUCUUGAGCCUGCCCAGGAUUACAGAUUUCGUGUACGAGCUGAAUCCCUUGAUGGCCUUCUGAGUGAGCCAAGUCCAGCAACCUCUGUUUUCAGAACUUUAGCGUUGACCCACACCCCUGUGGACAGACUACAAGUGGAGGAGUAUGAUGGAGAUUUGAACUCUGCCAGGUUGUCAUGGAGACGUGUAGAGGUGCCUCCCUAUGGAAACGCUGACAGCCCUCUGCUGUACAUGAUUGAAUAUGAGACUCCACAGAUGGAAGGGUGGCGCCCUCUAGCAAGUGGAAUCCCCACCACUCGGUAUCAUGUGCCAGACAUUUCACCCACUGAUGACUACAGGUUUCGGGUCAGGGCAUUGAGCCCAUAUGGAGUCAGCCCUCCAUCUUACCCUACUGGACUCUAUCGACAAAUGAGUCCUCUGCGUCCACUAGCUCAAGACUUGCAUAUCAGUGACCUUGAACCUUCUAGUGUCAGACUUUCUUGGAGAUCUGCUUCAGUGCCACCUGUCAGAGCAGGAGAACCCCUUUCCUACCAGAUUGAGGCUUUGGAGUACCCUAAGACAGAGUGGAAACCUCUGGCGACAAACAUACAUGACACCAGCUACCGCCUUGGAGGUCUGAAACCUUCCACUGACUACUCGUUUCGUGUGAGGGCACUUACUCCAGCUGGUCUUGCUGAGGCAGCUCCUCCAGUCACCUUGACCUCUCUGCCUGUGAGACCAAGAUUCCCAGUUCGAGAACCCACCAUCACAGAUUUAGGGAGUGAUUCAAUCAGAAUCCAGUGGAAACCAGCCGAGCUUCCCUACUACUCACGCCACACGACUCCCAUCUCAUACUCUGUAGAAUAUCAGGAAGUCCCAAGCAGAGAUUGGGUGACAGCCACCAGGGGAAUCCCUGACACUUCCUACACCUUACGAGGUCUACGCAGUGACAGGGACUACCGCCUGAGAGUUUGUCCAGAGACAGAGUAUGGUGCUGGAGAGUACAGUCUUCCUGUUCAUGCACACAGGCGUACAGUCCCAUUACUUCCAACAAGGGAGCCCACUCUUUCAAACAUUUCUCCCUCCUCUGCAACUCUCUCUUGGCCUCCCGCCUCCUUGCUGUCUGGCACACCCAGCCGCCCAAUACUGUACAGAGUUGAGGGGAGGGAGCCCCCAAGCUCCACCUGGUAUGAUGUGGCCAGCAGGGUGCCCAGUACCUCUUACAACCUCCAGUUCCUGUACCCUGACCAAUCUUACAUGUUCAGGGUGUUUGCCGACUAUGACGGGGUAGAGAGUGAACCAACUCUGGCUGUCUACCUGCCUUGCAGAGCUGGUCCUCCUAAAAUGCCUCGUGAAGCUCCUUAUGUUUCAAGUGUCCAACCAGAAUCUUUGAUUCUCAGCUGGAGAUCUGUUGAGCUUCCGACUCGUAUAACUGAUUACUCUCCUGUGACUUAUAAAAUAGAAGUUCAGGAACAUCCAAGCUCAGAGUGGCGUCCCUUGGAAAGAAAGAUCCCACAAACACACUUUCAUAUAACUAAACUCCGCCCUGAUCAGGAUUAUUCGUUUCGUGUCAGGGCAGAGAAUGAGUAUGGUGUCAGUGACCCAACAGAUGCGGUACUUGUAAGGAAAAGAUCUGUGCCUCCUGCAUUGUCUCCCCAUGAGCCUAUGCUAUCUGAUGUCAGGCCUGAUUCAGUCAGACUGACCUGGAGACCAGCAGAAGUACCAUCCUACCUGACGGACACUGUCCCUGUCACAUACACCAUACUCAUGCAGGAAGGUGGAGAUCCUAACUGGCAGCCCAUAGCCAGACGUGUGGCAGGUACAAGUUACUAUGUGACAGGACUUGCCCCUGACUGCGAUUAUAACUUUAAGAUACAGGCAGAGAACAACUAUGGCACCAGCUUGCCAAGUUUACCAUCUCGACUUCACAGACAAACUAAAGCUCCGAUCUACUCUCCUGAAAUUGAGGAUGUGGAACCAUCUGCACUGCGCCUGUCCUGGAGGCAGCCUUCUGUAGCUAAGAAAUCUAAGGCCACCUACUCUGUAGAGAUGCUGGAGCCUUCCACUUGGAAGUGGCGUCCCUUGGUUUCCCGUCUGCCACACCCUAGUUACAAGGUGUCCAACAUUGAGCCUACCAAGGACUAUUUGUUUAGAGUCAGGGCAGAAGUGGACUCUGUGAUUACUGAACCCUCCUUCCCAAUCUCUUUCUCCAAUAGAAGAGAGCUCAUCAAGCCAGUAGCUAAAACAAAGGCUCUACCAACAGUUCCAGUUGAGAGACCAACUCUGUCUGAUGUGUAUGAUGAUUCUGUUAGAGUUAACUGGCACCCUACAUCAUACCAUGGGGCGAACAGAAAAAACCUACCACAAGCUUAUAGGCUGGAGGUGAGAGAGCUGCCUGACUCUUAUUGGCGUACCUUGGUACCUUACACUGAUCAGUCAAGUUAUGAAGUCACUGACUUGAGACCCAACCAGGACUAUGCCUUUAGGGUGAGAACUGUAACAGAUACAGGAAUGUCUGAGCCUUCACUUCCUGUCUACCAUUACCGCCAAGCAGCUACUCCCAAGUUUCCCUUGCCCUCCCCUGAGAUAGCUGACAUUGGGGAUGACUACAUCAGUCUUGGCUGGAAGCUAGUGGACAUACCAGCCUUUGAUGUGGACGAGACUCCAUUGUCCUUUAUGAUCGAGGCACAGAAACUGCCAGACUAUGACUGGAGGCCUGUGGCCAGGGGGGUCACCGGGAUGUCUCACAAGGUGACUGGCCUUGAGCCCAGACAAGAUUAUAACUUUCGACUUCGUGGUGAGACACCUGUGGGUGUGACGCAGCCUUCCCUACCCACCUCACUGUACAGACGACCAUUGGUGUCUGGUGUACCCAUUGCCAACAUGAGUGUAGACAGAGACAGCACCCAGCCUUAUGCUGCUCAACUGAGGUGGAGUCCAGCUUACAUACAACCUUACAAGACAACCAGGGACUUGAAAUAUCAAAUUGAGGUCCAAGAGCCUCAUCACUCAGACUGGUCUCUAGUAGCCAGAGACAUACCCACCACAACCUACACUGUACCAGAACUCAGUCCAAGGAAAGAUUACUUGUUUCGUAUCAAAGCUCAGCUGCCAACUGGAAGUCUAAGUGCUCCCACAACACCCAUACCAUUUUACAGGCUCUCAGCCGCUCCAAGUCCACAGCCAGCAUUGACUUUCCCAACAGAGGAUUAUUCAUCAAUCAACCGACCUUACAUUGAAAGCUUAAUCUUAAAAGUUCCUCCUCGCAUGUCCAUUGAGAAGCCUGAGAUGACUGUACUUAGCCCUGACACUGUCAGGCUGAACUGGAAGUCAGCCAGGGUUCCUGCAGCCACAGCAAACAUCUCACCAACUACUUACAGAGUGGAGGUGCGUCAUGAAGACUCCUUUGAAUGGAUGGAGAGAGCUACCCGCAUCCCUGGGCUGACAACAGAUAUUAAGGGGCUCAACCCACACAUAGACUAUGCUUUUAGAGUUCGUGCUGUCAAUGAUUUUGGUUGGAGUGAGUCUACUCUCCCAGUAUUUCUACACAGACCACAAGAUUACAAAGACACCUCUUAUGACCAAAUGUUUGAACCAAUUGAAACCUACACCUCUCUACUUGGUGACACUGCCCCACCCAAGAUGCCCAUAGAUACACCAAGAAUGGGUCUAGUACAAGGUACCACCAUGAGACUGUCCUGGACGCCGGCUCGUAUCCCCCUGUAUGCUCGCAAGACUCCCAUCACCUACCUAAUUGAGAAGAAAGAGCCCCAUGACCAGGACUGGGUGAUGAUUGCAAGCCAGUUAGAUGACACAGCUCACACCAUCCCCAACAUAAAACCUGAACAGGAUUACCUUUUCCGGGUACGAGCAGAGAAUGAGUUUGGCAUUAGUGAAGCCACACUACCUGCUGCUCUGACUAGAUCUAAAACUCCACAUUUCAUAAGAAGCAGUGCCUCCAGGGAAAGAGAACUGGACAUAGGGGGCAACAAAUGGUCUUCAACUUACAGCUACAUAGACUCUGUGUCUUCUGGAGUUCCUCCAAGAGUACCAGCUGGCAGGCCAACAAUCUCAAAUGUGACGGAAACUACUCUCACAUUAUCCUGGCCUCCAGGGCGCAUGCCAUCCUACAUGAAGGGACAGGUGAAGAUCAGCUACAUUGUGGAAGCAAGAGAACCCCCCAACCACCUGUGGAACAAACUGGACGAUAAUGUUCCAACAACCACUUUUAAAGUCACUGGACUACGACCUGACCAAGAUUAUAUGUUUAGAGUUCGGGCUUUCAAUGAUGCUGGCAUGAGUGAACCCACACUUCCUGUCACUUUGACACGUGAGAGAGUUCAAGAGGUGGAGCCAAGAACCAGACGCAGGAGCUCAGUCGAGAGGUUCAGUUCUGUAGAGAGACUCAGCUCAGUGGACAGGUUUGCCUCCAGGGAACGAUCACUGUCCACUGAGAGGUCAGUGUCCAUACCCAGAGUGUUGUCCAGAGAGGGAUCUAAGCUUUUAGAUGAUGACAUUACUCAGGAUACUACUCCGACAUCGCCUGAGUUUGUAGAACCUGCCAAAGUGCAUCAUGGUAUUGACAGCCGUCCAGUGCAGCUCUCCCUUCAGCUGAUUGGCUAUCCACUUCCCACAGUGCAAUGGUAUUUCAACAACAAGAAGAUAGUGUUUGGGGAUAAAUACGAUGGCUAUGUCACACCUUCCGGUUUGGCAGUGCUAGAGUUCUCUCCCAUGACAUGGGAUGAUGCUGGAGAGUACAAGUGUGUAGCAGAGAAUGAGUCGGGUGAAUCUAGUUUUAUCAUCCAUCUUCAGUUGUCUGAUCCACCAACUUUCUUGGAGCCAAUGCAGGACUUAAUGUUAGCUUCACAUGUGAAUGGAAAACUGACAUGCAGAGUAGAUGGCAUCCCAAAGCCAAGUGUCAAGUUUUUAAAAGACUGGAAGCCACUGUCUGAAACACCGAGAUAUAAGCUGAGUGAAGCAGGAGACCAGUGGAGUCUUGAGUUUGAUGGAGCACUGCCUUCAGACUCAGGCUGUUACAUCUGUGUGGCAGAGAACCCAGCUGGUAAAGUGUUCUGCACUGCAAGGCUGUCUGUGGAUGGUGAUAUCCCAGCAGCCACCAUCUACUUUAAGAAGUCCAACUUUGAAGAUGACUAUUACAUUCUAGAGGAACUGGGAAGAGGACGUCACAGUAUUGUCAGGCGUGUAAUUGAAAGAUUGACUGGCAACGAGUUUGCUGCUAAGUUUACACAUGUACGUGGAGAGCCUGAAAAAGACUUUUUCCGCCAAGAGCUGGACACGUUGUCUAGACAGAAGAGUAACAGAGUGGUCAGACUUCAUGAUGCCUAUGAGUCACAGAACAGCCUGAUCCUGGUUGAAGAAAUUGUAAAGGGAGGUAAUCUACUAGACAGAGUUUGCCAAGACAAUGAAUGGAGUGAGAGCAAAGCUUCUAACAUCAUCAAGUCAGUGCUACAGACAAUACAAGAUGUCCACAGCACUCAUGUGGUCCACUUGGAUAUUGAGCCAAACAACUUAAGGUUCAAAUCCCAAGACAACAACUCUCUGUGCCUCAUAGACUUUGGAUUUGCAAGAAAACUGCCCUUGUCAAGUGAGAUCACUUUCAACUAUGGAACCCCAGAGUUCUGUUCUCCUGAAGCCAUCAAAAAUGAAGUAGUCAGCCCUGCAACAGAUGUCUGGUCAGUGGGAGUAUUGACCCACCUUUUAUUGACUGGAACUACUCCAUUCAGUGCCAGCACUGUGCCAGAAGUUUUGUCUAAGACACAAGAAUGUAACUUGAACCUUGACCCUUCUCUCUUCUCUGGGAUAUCAUCUGCUGCCCAAGAUUUCAUUGCAAGGAUACUGGUGAAAGAUGCACAAAGUCGUCUGUCUGUGUCUGCUUGUCUGGGACAUGAGUGGCUGAAGACUAGUGACCAACCAAGUGACCAGAAACUAGAUAUCACCAGAUUGAGGUCAUUUAGAGACAGAUAUAUUGCUCAGGAAAACCUGACUCAAGUGAAAACACUGGCCAAUCUUAGGAGCUUAAAAAGGUUGUCUGAAGGUGUAAUAAUUCAGGAAGGCUUGGAGCCUUCAGAAGAUCCAGAGACAGGGAAGAUUGUGUAUCCAGACACAUCAGACUAUGGCCAGUACCUUGACAAGGAGACAUGGUACGAGUGGCAGUUCAGGCACCAGCAUGGACCAGACGCAGACAAAUCAUUGGAUGAUCCCAGCAGACCUUGGAGGCAAAAGAAAGACAAGGAAUUGCUUGAUGAAGAGGUCAAGGCCUCUUACAAAGGAAAGCUGCUUGAUCUAGACCCUGCAGAGAUUCGUCCAUCAUUAGAAAAAGAGUUAGAAUGGCUGGAAGAAAGUAAGAAACAAGACGCUCAAGAACCAGAUGAAGCUAGUUUGUCCUCCAAGAGAUCUUCAGUGGCGUCUCUCUCUACAGAAGGUACUUGUGGAGCAUUGUUCAUAGAAAAACUCCAUGAUAUGGCUUUCAGUAUUAAUGACAAUGUACGCUUGGUGUGCAAGCUAUCCCUGGCCACAUCUCCAACUGUCGUUUGGUACAGGAAUGAAGAGCUGCUUCCUGAUGGUGGAAGAUACAAGAUUGUGCUAGAGGAAGACGGUGAGGCCAGUCUGACAAUCAAGAGCGCCAAGCCUUAUGAUGUCGGUGUGUACAAAUGUGUUGGCAGGACCAAAGCAGGACGUGUGUCCUGCAAAAUGAGGCUGGAGCUUGGAGAUGUCCCUGGUCGUCCUGGUCAGCCAGCAAUUGGUCAGAUCUCAAGUACAGAGGCUUUGGUUAUCUGGGAGGCACCUGUAUCAACUGGUCACUCUGAUAUUUUGUUUUAUAAAGUGGACUACAGAUCUCCAGGGGAUGAGAGGUGGACUACUUGUGUGUACACCAACCAAGAGGCUGCUGUGGUCAACAACCUCAAACCAGAAACCAACUACAGGUUCAGGGUGUCUGCUACCAACAGGUUUGGUGCCAGUGCCUACAGCUGGGCCUCGGCCGAAAGUCUGACUAAACCUAAAGAUUCUCCCUCACUGACAAAAGAUGAUCAUUUUGAUUUGAGUAAACUGCUGGCUAAACAGACUGCUACCCAGCCUCUUCUUCCAUCAGAGUUUGAAGAACCACCUCAAGAGGAAGAACCUGAGGCCGUGAUAGUGAAUGCCAGCCCUGACUCUGUCUACAACAUUGGAGAACUGCUGUACAAAGGUAAAUUUUAUGAAGAUAAAUCUCUCACACUUCCUUCUGAUGACAACAAGUUGUUUAUACUGCGAACUCUUCAACAAAAGAGGGGGCAAUCAGAGUUUGACAUUUUGAAAUCGCUGAGACACGAGAGGGUGGUCAAGCUGCACAAAGCUUUCCAAUCUGGCAAUGAGCUCCAUUUUGUUUUGGACUACAACGAAGGAGGACACAUUGCCAGAUAUUUGUCGCAGAGGAGGAAGUACACAGAGGAGAUGGUUGUGUGUGUCGUGAGACAGGUGUUACAUGGAUUAGAAUACUUGCAAAGGUCAAGUCUGCUGCAUCUCAACUUACAGCUAGCUUCUAUUGUGGUCUCUAAAAUUGAAGGGUUCGUUAUCCAACUGACUGACUUUUCAUUGGCUACCAAACUGACCAAUCCAGUGGGUGAGCUGGUACCAAGACGAGGAUACCCUGACUUUAUUGCCCCUGAAGUCAUAAUACAAGAUUUGUCUGGCUACCCCGCUGAUGUCUGGGGAGUAGGAGUUCUUUCUUUCUUACUAUUGAGUGGAGUUUCCCCGUAUGAAGGCAAGACACCAGAAGAGACUCUGGUCAACAUUUCCUUAAACAGAUAUGAUGCUGCCGACCUGUUUGAGAAUGUCACUGCAGAGGGUCUCAAGUUUUUGUUUAAAGUCUUGAAGAGAACACCAGGGAAUCGCAUGACAGUCCAAGAGUGCUUAGAUCACAAAUGGCUACAACUGGCUGACAAACACAUCAAGGAGAGAGAGAACACAGUGUUCCUGAGUAAUGCUCUGUCUACAUUUGUCAGAGAGUAUGACGCCACGAGGCAAAGUCAGGACUUCAAGAUGGACUUUGAUGAUGCUGUGCUUCCCAUACAGAUGGCUAAAAGAAGUUGAAAGUACUCUUUCUAACUUAAACUUCAAAAAACAAAAAACAUUUUGUGCUAAUCUGAUUCAAGGUUUAAAAAUAAGAACAAGUCUUGAGCCCAAUUUACAUUUGUUUUCUUUCUGUUGUAUCUAUUUUUGAUUGUAGGAAGGAAAAAAAAUGCGAAAAAAUUUCAUUUUUAUUAAAAAUUGACUGUAAAUAAAAAUUGACACUGAAUGUGAAGGUCUGCUUGUAUAGAGAUUGAAGUGGGAAGAACUAUUUCACUAGAGAGUAUUGAUUGGUCCUAUAGUCUUUUUGUUUUCGUAUGGAAUGCUAAGCCACUAAAUGAUCUACUAUAUGUGUGCGUGGUUUCACUUUAAAGUUUGUUGAUAAUCAAAGUUUAACUUGAACAAUUUGUUCAAAACUUUUUUUUUUUUGUGCAAUAUUUUUACCAAUGUGAUAUUUCUAUACAAUCUUAUAAUUUUAAACACUUUUUAAUGUCAAUAUCUUUACAUAGAUUUAGAGUUUUUAAAUUCAAUUCUUUUUAACUCUGAAUUUUACUUUGGUAAUGUUAUUUAUAAUGAUAUGUAAUUGUCUUUAGGCUAGUGGAAUUUAUUUAUUCAAUAUUUGUAUUGUAGACGAUUGUAUUUGUUUGUUUUUUUGUCUUAUUUGUAUUGUGAGUGUGUUUAUAAAUUUGACUAGAAUCAAUACCAUUUCGAUAAGUAUAAUUCUACCAGCAGUUUCAUUGACACAAUAUACUGUCAAUUUUAUUGUAAGAUGUCCCAGUUUCUAGACUUAGAUUAAUGCAGUGAUCCCAAAAUCUCUACAAGUGUAGGCCUACUUGACACUCUGUUAUUAUUUACCUGGCUACUCUGAAGGUAUGUCAGCAGUAAGAAGUGAAUCAAUGUCAACAUAAUACCAGUGCCAGCGUUAGGCUUAGGCAGACUAAUUAGCUGCCAAGGGCCUCCACUUAUUGGAAGCUUCGUACAGAACUACAAAAAAAUUAGAGAAAAAAUUUUGAAACUUUCAUAAGAUCUCAACGAAAGUAAAGCACCAUGACUCUUAUUUACUAGACUAAUUCUUUACUACUGAAAUUGCAAUAUAUGAAUUUCAGUUAUUUAUCGGCAGGUUGUCAAUAAAUCUUAAUUUUUUUUUUCUUGCUGUUUCUUUAAAAUUUUGAAAAUUUCCUUUAGGGCCACCAAAUUCAAUUUGCCUUGGGCCUCCAAUUAUCCCAUGCUGGCACUGAUACUAUGAUGGUAGUCAGGAUUUGUAAUGUAGAGCUGUCAUUGGCUCCUUUAAACAUUAGCUCUUACUCUGAGAUUGCCCUACAAAGGUGGCUUCCUACAUUGAGAUUUUAUUGUUAUUAACGUUGGCAUGAAAUGGGCACCAUUUUGUUUUAGAUAGAAAUAUGUGUGUGUCAAAUUUAAACAUAAAAUUGUAGUGUAAAAGAACUUGAGUAACAGAGGCCUUGACCUACUAAAUAGGGGAUCUUUGAGAAAAUAUUAUGUUUAUCUACAUAUCAGAAAUGUUGACUUUUAGAAAAGUUUAGAUUGACCUGACCAGUUUCACCCAAUUCGAACCAAUCUAUCCACAAUUUGAUGUGAACCUGGUUGAUUUGAAAUGUUCAAUAAACCUACCAAAUUAUGUAGAAUCA